AUGGACGAGAUGGACGGGGCGAUACAACCAUCGUUUGAAGUGACGGAAUGCUAUGUGCAGGACGUUAACAGUGUGAGCCCGGACAUAGCCGGGGAGCUGUAUGGCCCUUGGCAUCAUGACUUCCCGGAUCUUGCCGCAUUGCUGGAAAGUAUCGAAAUUUCGGAAAGCGAACGCGCCACGAACGUAGUGCCGGAUCCUUCUGCGGCCAACGGCAGCCCGCCAGUGGCAGCCGGUGCAGCCUACAACACGCCGGCAAUCGAGCAACCGGCCGGCAUGCCGAUGGUAAUGUACGAUGCCUAUGGGACAGAUUUUACCUUCGUGAAUGAGUUCGGUAGCAGUGGCGCGCCGAUGAUGUCCACGCCGGCGCAACUGCCUGCAGGAAUGCUGCAGGCACCCGUUGCUGAUGAUGCUGGCGGAUAUAGUUUCAAUCAGGCUCCGCACGCGCUAUACCAGAUGCUGUCGGACCCGGCGCCGAUGUCACCGAUGUCCCCGAUGUCGUCCCAGAUGCCACCGCCGAUACCACCGUUGCCGCCGAUGCCGCCGAUGACGCCAAUGCCGCCGAUGUCGCCAAUAUCACCGCUGUUUUCACCGCCGAUGUCGCCUAUGCCGCUGAUGCCACCGAUGCUGGCGAUGCGGCCCCAGAUGCCACCGCCGAUGCCGCCGAUGCCGCGGAUGUCGCCGAUGUCGCCGAUGCCACCGCAGCCACCGCCCAUAUAUUUUAAUCGCGACGGGAACGGGUGGGCAGAUGGGGCUGUAUGUGUGAACCUUCAGUGCCGUCGAAAUUAA